AUGUGCAACGUUGGAGGUGUAUCCGUCGAUCUGACAUCCCAAGUUGAUGGUGACAAUAUCACCUUCUUUGAACUUGAAAUUGGUCUCAUCAUCAACCUCUGGAGAGUAGCCAACAACGACAUCAUUAACAUCGAUGGUAACUGGCUGGGCAAUACCUUUUUCUCUGACUUGAUUCUUGUAUGCGUUAUCGAGAGCAACUUUCAUCUGGGAGUCUCCGAGCAAACACAGUUCUGCAACAGAGUAUGGCUCGUGCUUUCCAAGAUGGUAAGAAUCGUUGAUCAACUCGGUCAAAUAAGCCAGACAGGUCUGGGUGAUUUGACCAGCCAGUCUGUAUUUUUCCAAAGUGGUGCUGUGGGGGACAUCAUUGGUUGUUCUGAAUGCUUAAAUUCCUUCUAUAGACACAAAAUCUUGGCGCAACCCAGAGUGGCCCCUGAUUUGGCCAAAAACGGAUCUAGAGGUGUCAAAAAUUAUAUUUAUUCCGUUAUGCCGUUGAGACUCGUUCUUCUUGGAGCUCCCGGUUCAGGGAAGGGAACAUUGACGUCGAGGCUAUUGAAACAGCUACCGAGCUUGUCGUCGCUGUCUACAGGAGAUAUCCUGAGAUCGGAGAUACAGAAACAGUCGGACGUGGGGAAACUGGCUGAUACAUACAUCCGAGGAGGAAAAUUGCUACCGGACAGGUUCAUGGCGACCCUUGUGGAGAAAGAACUGCUUGACCGCGAUUUGCUGCAUAAGCCGUUUCUUCUGGACGGGUUUCCUAGAACUGCAAACCAGGCUUUGGAGCUGGAAACAAGCCUCAAGGAUAAACCAAUAAAUCUUGUUGUUGAAUUAGACGUUCCCGCAGACGCGAUAGUGGGGAGAAUCACGAGUCGGUGGAUGCAUUCUUCAGGAAGAGUGUACAAUCUGGAAUAUAACCCGCCAAAAGUGCCGUUCAAAGACGAUGUCACGGGAGAGCCGUUGUUCCAACGUGCAGAUGACAACCCCGAAACUGUGAAAAAACGGCUCUUAACAUAUUACAGAGAAUUAGAGCCGAUCAAACAAUUCUAUAAAUCAAGGGGUGUUUACCAGAAAGUUAGUGGGAAAACCUCGGAUAUCAUCUUUCCUCAGUUGUUGACCAUUGUGAACAAUCACGCGGAUUAG